AUGUCAAGAGGUCUGGAAGCCGGUAAGACGGUGAAGCUGGAGCCCAACGCCGUUCUGGGCUUCUACCUGCGGGUCACGUGCAAGGAGGAGAAGAGUCUGAGGAACAACAAGAAGUUCACCACGCUGGAUGUUCAGAAGAACGGCGUUCGCUUCACAAACAGCAAGCUGAGCUCUCUGAACGAGGAGUACACCAAAAACAGGGAAGAGUACGAGGAGGCCCAGAACGCCAUCGUCAAAGAGAUCAUCAACAUCGCCUCAGGUUACGUGGAUCCCCUUCAGACGCUGAGUGACGUCAUUGCGCAGCUCGACGCGGUGGCGAGCUUCGCCGUGGCAUCGGUGUCCGCUCCGGUUCCGUACGUCCGGCCCCGACUGCUGGACGACGGCCACAGGCGUCUGGAGCUGCUGCAGGCCAGACAUCCCUGCAUGGAGACGGACGCGGACACCGCCUUCAUACCCAACGACCUCAGCUUCGUCCAGGGGGAGAAGAGCUUCUAUAUUAUAACAGGACCAAACAUGGGAGGGAAGUCCACAUUUAUCCGUCAGGUGGGUCUGAUCGCGCUGGUGGCUCAGAUCGGCUGCUUCGUGCCGUGCGAGAAGGCUGAGCUCAGCGUGAUCGACAGCGUUCUGGCCCGAGUGGGAGCAGGAGACAGCCAGGUGAAGGGAGUGUCUACCUUCAUGUCUGAGAUGUUGGAAACUGCCGCCAUCCUCUGCUCUGCCACGGAAAACUCGCUCAUCAUCAUCGAUGAGCUCGGCAGGGGAACCUCUACGUACGAUGGCUUCGGGCUGGCCUGGGCCAUCAGUGAACACAUCUCCUCCAAAAUCAGAUGUUUCUGCCACGAGCUGACGGCCUUGGCGGCACAGCAGCCGGCCGUCCACAACCUGCACGUCACCGCCCUGACGACCCACAACACGCUCACAAUGCUGUACCGAGUCAAACCAGGUGUGUGCGACCAGAGUUUUGGGAUCCACGUCGCUGAGCUGGCCUGCUUCCCCCCGUCGGUGAUGGCCGUGGCGAGGGAGAAGGCGGAGGAGCUGGAGGAGUUCCAGGAACCUGUGGGGGACGAUUCGAAGCGGGACGAAGAGCCCGAGGUCAAGAGACGGUGGACAGAUAAGCAAGUGGGAGAAAAGGUGAUCCAGGACUUCCUGGAGAAGGUGAAGGCACUUCCUGUCGUCACCAUGACUGAGGAGGAGGUGAAGGCAGAGCUCAGGAGAAUAAAGCAGGACUUGGUGGCCAAAAAUAACACGUACAUCAGUGAGAUACUUGCCCGCUGCGCUCCUGUAAAAACUGCCUGACUUUUACAUUUUUUUCUCUAAAUGCUCAUGUUCACCUAAAGCUCAUGUAGGAAUAGAGUUGAGAUUAGAGUGCCUAUAAUCUAUAAGUUUUUCAAUAAAGAAUUUCUCUUAAUUUGCUUUCCACCAA